CGCUGUGACAAGAUUAAGGGGGAAGAAAGUAUCGGUUCUAUGCUGUUAGAACGACAUGUAAAUUGCUAAAGUUUUGGAUUAUGACGGGCAACGUUUGUCAUUUUAUGUAGCCUAUGCUAAAAAUUGACGAGUGCUGAAAAUUUUUAGGAUUUUAAGAAAACACAGAAUUACAGAAGGUACAGCAUUUUCAGAAAAAAAGUCCCAUCACCGUGAAAACAUUGGAACUUUUGAUUUUCAUUAAGUAGAAACUUAUUGCGUUAGUUUGCUUGUCGCCCAUCGGAUAAUUCGAGAUGUUUAAUCACCAUGGCAACUUUAUCACGAGACAAUUUAACUGCACAGUUUCAUACAUGCGGAAACCACUUCAUAGCAAGGUUUGAUAGAGCAAUUUUAAGACCUGCAAGCGAGAAAGAAACCAACCAAUGGUCUGCUGAAAUUGGACAAGUAAAUUUUUUUGCAAUUAAAGAUUCACAGAUACUCUCCAAAGCUUGUUGGUGGCAGGGCUUUGAACACAAUGCAGAAAAAAUGCAGGCUGGAUCGAAAGAAUGUAUAAGGAUCUUUGAAUGCAUUGUUCAACCCUCCUGAUCUAACGCGGCAGCUCGUACAUACCGACAAUCAUUGAGAACCUCUGCGUAUGAGUUGUGGAGGCAACCUUGUAACACCAAUGUAUGCAUAUUCGAUUUCAACCGCGGAACCCAGCUGAAGACUCGCGAAAAUCGCUCACUAGUCAAUCUUGCAAAAAUGACUCUUAACACGAAACAGUUUGCCCUCUCGUUUGUGAUUCACUUUGCUCUGUGGAUUCUUGGGGAUUGUUUUGAACUGACGAUACUACACACGAAUGAUGUGCACGCUAGAAUCGAACAGACAAAUAAAUAUGGUGGAGAUUGCACAGCUAACGAUGCAUCGAGAAAUCAAUGUUUUGGUGGUGUUGCGAGAAGGCAGACGCUAAUUAAAAAAGUUCGAAACACCCACCGCAAUGUUUUGCUUCUUGAUGCCGGUGACCAGUUCCAGGGAACGAUAUGGUUUAACGUUUACGAAGGGCAGGCGUCGGCAUUUUUUAUGAACAAGCUUGGCUAUGAUGUUAUGACAAUAGGUAACCAUGAAUUCGACAUGGGUCCGACAAAGCUGGUUGAAUUUCUCCGCGGGUUAAAAUUCUCCGUGGUUUCUUCAAAUCUGGAUGUUUCACGAGAACCAAAAUGGCCAAGGGCAGAGAAACUUUUCAACAGAAGCAUGAUUGUAAACGUUGCUGGAGAAAAGAUUGGUUUUGUUGGAUAUAUAACAAAAGAAACUACUUGGCUCUCGUAUCCAGGUGACAAAGUUAAAUUUCAAGACGAGGUUAAUGCUGUGAGGGCCCAAGUGAGUUUCCUGAAAACGCAGGGAGUGAAUAAGUUCAUUGCACUUGGCCAUUCAGGGAUCGAGAUGGAUAUUGAAAUCGCUAAAAGUGUGCCCGAUAUAGACAUAGUUAUCGGUGGUCAUACAAACACAUUUCUGUAUACAGGCAAAGCACCGUCCAAUGAGCAACCAUAUGGACAAUACCCUUUAGUGGUAAACCCGACAGAGAGACCCUCCAAGCAAGUUUUGGUUGUUCAGGGAUACACAUUUGGAAAGUAUUUGGGGUACCUCAAUGUAAGUUUUGAUAGUAGUGGAGAAAUUACCAGCUAUGGUGGCAACCCUGUUCUCUUAAACGGCUCUAUCAAAGAAGAUGAAGAGGUUCUGAACGAAGUGAAAAAACGACGUGGUCCUGUUUCAAAUUACUCAAAGAUUCCUCUUGGUAGAACCCACGUGUUCCUUGAUGGGCAGCGCGAAACAUGUCGACUGCAGGAAUGUAACAUUGGCAACCUCAUAACUGAUGCAUUUGUCCACAUGUACCAAAAACACCCAGACGAAAAGUCUUGGGCGGAUGUGUCAAUUGCAAUGUGGGUAUCUGGAGGCAUUCGAAGUUCUAUAGACAAGAAGAUAAAUGAUUCACUGACAUACAAAGAUAUUAUCACUGUUCUUCCAUUUGGCAACCAAGCUGACAUCAUCGAGCUGAAAGGAAUACAUUUAAUGGAAGCCUUGGAACACAGUGUUGCUGGGUACAACCCAACCGCACCAACAGGACAGUUUUUACAAGUUUCCGGUAUUCGCGUGCAAUAUGACCUUGAUCAACCAGUUGGCAAGCGUGUCGUCAAGGCAACAGUUAGGUGCUCUAAAUGCAGGGUACCAGCCUACGUUCCAAUAGAAAACAACACGGUAUACAAGAUUAUCAUGUCUACAUGGAUGCGAAGAGGCGGAGACAACUUUCAAAUGUUUGUCAAGCAUCGAAUCAAAUUGCAUCCAGGUGAAGACGCCGUGAGGCUUGUUGCAGAAUAUAUAGACUACAUUGACCCAAUAAGAACUGGCGUAGAUGAGCGUAUCACAUUUGUAAAAAAGCCAAAGUUACCCUCGAAUUGUGUAUGUAAUAAUUCCAAACCAUACACCUGUGGUGGUAUGUCUUCGUCAGCGCCUCCUAGUCUCCUUAUGCUAGUCAUGAUCUUGGCUAUGUCAUUUCUAGUAUUUCUGUAUGUUUAAGAUGAGCCCUUAGUCAUUGCACUAAAGUCAUAACCUUUUCUAUGGUGGAGCAGAGAAACAGCUCUUUAUCUUACUUGGGUCGAGCCAAGGGAGAGUUGGGGCAUAGAUCUCAGUAUAUGCAGAGAAUAUGGUUACAUAUCAAGAAAACGUCCUUUUCUAUCGAUGAUGAUACUGACUAUGCUAGGUGACUCCAUUCACACAGGUAACACCUAAUUCUGAGACAGAUGUCCCAUGACUAAUCAAGUCUAAAAAUGUAAAAAAAUAGACACUUUCAAGAAUUAUUUCAUUGAAACCUGAAUUUAAAACGACCUCUGCAAAACUAACAAAAGUUUUGUUUCUUUCUAAAAUAUCUUCAAAGAGAUAUCGAACAACCUAUACUAACAAAAUGAGUCGUUACGAUUUUCUGCUAACUUUUAUGUUGAUUUUUUUGGCACCUGAUCAAAAAUUAUUCUUCGUUUGAUUGAUCUUGGCACAUACUUGCAUUCAGAUUUAAGACGCAUAUUCAGGAGUAUGUUUUCUCUGUUCAACCUACUCCCAAACAGAAUAGUGAGAAUAGUUAGCCAGAUCAGUAAGAAACCAGCAACCAGUGACUCUUGUUGAACCAUUAACUGUUUGUGUCAAAAUUUUGUAAUUAUGCAUGUCUUAUAACUAAAGUUUGAUUAUCCGUAACAUUUCAAAUUAAUAGCUUCGUGAGAUAACUAACUGAUUACUUUUCAUCAAAAUCGUUUGCUUUAUUCCUAAAUUAAUUUUUGCCAUCUUAACAACUAAUCAAACUUUCCUUUUCUAUCUUAUACUACAAAUCAAAAAUUCUAAUAAUCUAUGACAACUUAUUUCUGCCAAAAUCUUGGAGGCAGUAAACUAUAAGACCCUCGUAAAAUAGCACUAACAUCUUUACACUCAAAUUAACCCUUCGGUAAGUCUUUUUAUUUUUAAAACUGAUUUUGCAAGUUGCUGGCUAAAAGAUAAGUACAGUUGGCAAAUAACCUGCUUUUAGUCCACCUAAUGAAGAGACUUCACCUUAACUUGUGAUUACAGGCAGUGUACUGUGAUUUUGCAAUGUAACAUUUUAAGCUGUUUAUUCCUAUUUAUAACUAAAAAGGACGCUAAUAAAGUAUGUCAUGCUUAUUAAUAAUGGGGCAAACAUAGAAUAUAAUAUAUUACCUUUAAACAAAAGAAGAAAUUACUCUAAUUAUUGACGA